AAUUUAUGUGUGUACUCAAUACAAAUUAUUUUAUAUUUCAUUAUUUUUAAAAUUGUUCAUUAACAGAAGCUUGCAAAAAGAAACUGAUAUCAACCGUUUUAUUCUGUAGACUAUCCAUUUAUAUAUUAAGAGCGUCAUGGAAGAAGUUGAUUCAAUUAUAAUACAUUUUUUGAGACAACUAAAUGUAAAUAUUAACGACGACGUUAAAAAUAUUUGCGACAUUCCAGUAGAAACUAUAAUUGAAUCAGCAGCACAAUGUAUUUCCGCAAUAAAUCCAACCCUUAAAGUGCCAUUGAAAUUACCAUCUGGAGUCUCUCAAAGAAUUGGCGUAGCCACUCAAAUUGCAACAAUAUGCAAGGAUUUAGGCUACAAAAAUGAUGUCGGCUAUCAAACAUUUUUAUAUUAUAAUGAAUCGGAUUUAAGGCAAGUAUUCAUGUUCUUAAUUGAAAAAUUACCAAGUGAAGAUAAAAAAUCUGUUUCCAAAGUAUCACCAUCAAACAAAAAGCAUUUGCUUAUGCAGCAAAUUAGUCAAAAAAUAGCAGAACAACUUAAUACAAUUUGGAUACCACCAAGCUGCAAUGCACCAAUGAAAAAAUCAAUAGGAGACUAUAUUCAUGAACAAGAUUAUUUAUCUGAAAACAAAAUGGAUGAAAAAGAAAUUAUAGAGAAACUUAUGAAAUUACAAAGUGUCAAACCGGAAGUCCAAUAUAUUACCAAAGAUAGCAGUAAAGAAGAAAAAGAGGAAUGCAUAUCUAGUGAAAUCAAACAGGACAUCAAUAAAAGUCUAAAGGAAUUGAAAGAGACAACAAUACAUUUGAAACAAAAAUUGGAUACACUGACAAGUGAAAGAAAUGUUAUGGAAGUUGAAUUUUCUCAGGCACUAAAGAGCUGUGAACGAGUAGAGUCAGAUUUCAAAAAUAUACAGAAUGUACUGAACAGUAUUGGUAUUAAUGAUAUUGAAUCAGAAAAUGGUGUGGACAAUUUGUUGGAGAAGGUACAUAAAAAUAUAAAUAUGAUGCAUUGUAAAGUGGAAGAGCUCUCAUCAAGAAAUCUGUCACUAAAAGUGGACAUAGACAAACUAAAAAGUGAUAGAGCACUCACACAGUCUGAAAGGAGUAAAUGCAGAAAAAUCUUGAUAGACUUGAAGGAGAAAGCUAAAGGCAUGAAGGAUGAAUGUGAAAAUAAAGAAGAAUUAAAAAACCAACUAAAAACAAAAUAUGAGAAACUUAAAGGAGGGAAUAAAAGGCAUGUUUAUACAAAAAGAAUUUUGGAAAUAAUUGGAAAUGUUGAUAAACAAAAUAUGGAGAUAAAAAAAAUAUUAGAUGAUACAAGACAACUUCAGAAAGAAAUAAAUACACUUGAAGGGCAAUUGGGCAGGUGCUUUUCUAUUGCUGAUGAAACCCUUUUCAAGGAUGCUAAAAAAGAUGAUCAAGCGAAAAAGGCCUACAAGCUGCUGGCUUUGCUUCACUCUGAAUGCAACACAAUUGUGUCCCUUGUAAAUGAAACGGGCAUUUUAGCAAGAGACAUAGUGGAUUUAGAAGAUAACAUUAAGGCUGAAAAAUCUAAGCGUACUGAAGAUAUUUUACAAAAAAUUCAGUUGGAUCUCACUAAUUUACAAAAAGAGUCUGCUUAAUGCAUUUUUUUUUUUAUUUGUUGUUAUUAUUAAUAAAUAAGUGUAAUCUCAA